UGCCUUUAGACCAACUCAUAACCAACCAGCCAACACGCACCACGCACAACGCACAACAUAACCGUCUCUCCCAAGUCAAAAAAUACUAUUAAUUAAUUAAUUAUUAAUUACAAAAAAAGAAAAAUAGCUUUCUUCACUCUCUUCUUCUUCCUCUGUGCUUCUGCGUAUAUCUCCGUCUAUAUCGUCUCUUCCAUAAUUGUUCGCUCCAGCCAUCGCCGCCGUAGGGUUUCUGUAUCGGACGACGGAGUCCUCGAUUUUCCGGCGAUGGAGAGUGUUAUCGGACUCGUCAAUCGCAUCCAGAAGGCAUGUACGGUCCUCGGCGACUAUGGCGCCGACAAUGCCUUGCCUACUCUCUGGGACUCUCUUCCUACCAUCGUCGUCGUCGGCGGUCAGAGUUCUGGGAAAUCUUCAGUGUUGGAGAGCAUUGUUGGUAGGGAUUUUCUCCCAAGGGGAUCAGGGAUUGUGACUAGGAGGCCUUUGGUGUUGCAAUUACACAAGACAGAGCAAGGACAAGAGGAGUAUGCCCAGUUUCUUCACCAGGCGAACAAAAAAUUCACAGACUUUUCUUUAGUACAGAAAGAAAUUCAAGAUGAAACAGACAGAGUGACUGGCAAGACAAAACAUAUUUCUCCACUUCCUAUUAAUCUCAGCAUCUACUCGCCCAAUGUUGUUAACUUAACAUUGAUAGAUUUACCUGGUCUAACUAAAGUUGCCGUAGAGGGACAGCCAGAGAGUAUUGUUCAAGACAUUGAAAACAUGGUUCACUCUUAUGUAGAGAAGCCAAAUUGCAUUAUCCUAGCCAUAACUCCAGCCAAUCAAGAUGUCGCAACAUCUGAUGCUAUCAAGCUUGCUCGAGAAGUUGAUCCUAAUGGUGAAAGGACAUUUGGUGUGCUGACAAAGCUUGAUUUGAUGGACAGGGGAACAAAUGCAUUAGAUGUUCUUGAAGGAAGAUCUUACCGACUGCAGCAUCCUUGGGUUGGAAUUGUAAACCGUUCACAGGCUGAUAUAAAUAGAAAUGUUGACAUGCUUGAUGCUAGGCGUAGGGAGCGUGAAUUCUUUGCCACCAAUCCUGACUAUGGACACUUAGCCAGCAGAAUGGGUUCGGAAUAUCUUGCAAAACUUCUCUCUAAGCAACUAGAGUCUGUCAUCAAGGCUCGCAUACCAGGUAUUAUGUCAUUGAUUAACCAAAGCAUUAACGAACUUGAAGCAGAGUUGAACCACCUUGGUAGAACAGUUGCUGUUGAUGCAGGGGCCCAGUUAUACACCAUCUUAGAGCUUUGCCGUGCAUUUGAUCGGAUAUUUAAGGAGCACCUUGAUGGAGGGCGACCCGGCGGAGAUCGGAUUUACGGAGUUUUUGACUAUCAGUUGCCUGCUGCUUUAAGGAAGCUUCCAUUUGAUCGUCACCUUUCACUGCAGAAUGUAAGGAAAGUGGUUUCAGAGGCAGAUGGAUACCAACCUCAUCUGAUUGCACCGGAGCAAGGUUACCGACGCCUUAUUGAAGGGGCCCUUAAUUAUUUUAAAGGCCCAGCAGAAGCUUCAGUGGAUGCUGUACACUUCAUUUUGAAGGAGCUUGUGAGAAAGUCAAUCGGAGAAACUCAGGAGUUGAAACGUUUUCCAACUCUCCAAGCGGACAUAGCAGCAGCUGCCAAUGAAGCAUUGGAGAGGUUCCGUGAUGACAGUAAAAAGACAGUGUUGCGAAUGGUGGACAUGGAGUCCUCAUACCUGACUGUGGAUUUUUUCCGCAGACUCCCUCAGGAAGUGGAUAAGGGAGGGAUUCCAGCUGCCUCUUCUGUGGACCGCUACACAGAGGGUCAUUUCCGGAGGAUAGGAUCAAAUGUUUCGUCUUAUGUUGUGAUGGUGUUGGAGACUCUCAGGAAUACCAUUCCGAAAGCUGUGGUGUAUUGUCAAAUUCGGGAGGCAAAGCAGUCUUUACUCGACCACUUCUAUACACAAAUUGGGAAAAAGGAGGGCCGGCAGCUUGCAGAAUUGCUUGAUGAAGAUCCGGUGUUAAUGGAGAGGAGGCAGCAAUGUGGGAGGAGGCUUGAAUUAUACAAGUCUGCCAGGGAUGAAAUUGAUUCUGUGUUAUGGACUAGAUGAAGAUGAGCAAGAUGGAUAUGCAUCAUUCAUGCAUGUAUAGAGCGAUUCCUUCAUAAUAUGGCAAUGAAGAUUUAUGAUUGUUUUGAUUUUGUUCAGUUUAUGGUCCCUCUUUUAGCUUUGCAAGCUUAUAAUAGUUUUCUUGAGUUUGGAUGCUGAAACAUUGUGACAUAUAACUUGUUUCUCUCCUUCAUUUGGAUUUUGUGCUAUA